AGUGGAGUAGAUGCUCAAAUGAUCAACAGCUGAACCGCUGAACGAAUCGUUUCACCAAACGAAUCCGAAAGACUCGAGUCAUUGAAUCAAACAAACCUUUCUCAGACUCACGAGUCGGUGAGGCAGGUGCUGUGCUCACAAAUCAGGCAGACUGUGCUUUGAACUGAAAGCUUUACCUCAUCUGACAUCUGUGGCGUUUAUGUUCGCACUCCUCCACAUUUGGAAAUACGUGCUAGAUGUUUUGUGCUCUGGGUUUUGUCCAACACUAAUUUCUUCACGGAGUCGCGUGUCGUGGUGAGUGAUGGACAACAGAAAGAGAUUGAUCACUGUUAAAAGGGCCUUUUGAAAGGCUCUUUAGAGGCACAGAUUAAAGUCCAGCAUGAUUUGCACAUUUCUGGAUACCAAGUGAUAAAGAGAAUCCCUAAAAUUUGGGAGAUUCAUGACUACAGGCAAGCGGUAGGAUCAUGGGAUGCGGCACAUCCAUUGCCAUUGAGAACCAAACACGACCCUCAGAAACAGAUGGCUCCAUCAAGCAGUCCAACCCAGCUCUGACCAUAAAAGCUGCCAUACUGAUCCAGCGUUGGUACAGACGCUAUGUUGCUCACCUGGAGAUGCGAAGACGCUACACGUGGAACAUCUUUCAGUCCAUUGAGUAUGCAGGAGAACAGGACCAGCUACAGCUCUCAAGUUUCUUCACUUUCAUGUUGGACAACUUCACUCAGAUUAAUGGGAAUGGACCAGACUUGAUCUCCCACCUGCUGGACUCUGUGGUUGAUCCUCUGACGGAGGAGGUCAGGCAGCUGAAGUACGAGCAGAUUAUGGUGCCGGAGUCGUACAGCGGCCCUCGUCUCUCCUUCCCGCUGAGCGUGACUGAUACCAAUGCCCUGCUCAGUGCCUUUAAAGAGGAGCAGACUCUUCAUGGGAAGUAUGUGCUGCAGUUACUGUAUGAAACCAAGAAGUUCCUGAAACAAAUGCCAAACGUCAUUUAUCUGUCAACGUCCUAUGCCAAAGAAAUAACGAUCUGUGGCGAUCUGCAUGGAAGACUGGAUGACUUGCUGCUUAUAUUUUACAAGAACGGUCUGCCCUCUGCGGAAAACCCCUACAUAUUCAAUGGAGACUUUGUGGAUCGAGGAAAGAAAUCUACAGAGAUUAUCAUCAUUCUCUUUGCCUUCGUUUUGCUCUACCCCGACCACAUGCAUCUGAACAGGGGAAACCAUGAGGACCACAUCAUGAACCUCAGAUAUGGAUUCACCAGAGAAGUCAUGCAGAAGUACAAGACUCAUGGCAGGGAAAUCCUGCAGCUCCUUCAGGAUGUGUUCAGUCUUCUUCCUGUUGCAACUGUAAUAGACAACAAAGUGCUUAUUGUUCAUGGUGGCAUAUCGGACAAAACUGAUCUGGACUUUCUGAGCACUGUUGAAAGGCAUAAAGUGAAGUCAGCUCUGCGUUUGCCGAAGCGCAGCACUGAUCAUCUGACGGUGCGCUCGUGCAGUCGCAGCAGCAGCAGAAACAGGGGCAGAAACAGCAGAUCCUCAAGCCGACACUCGUCCCGCAGCAGAAGGAAGAAGCUCAGCAAGCAGGGCAGCCGCUCCUCCUCUUCCUCAUCCUCCUCAUCCUCCUCUUCCUCCAUGUGUUCGCCACGGGUCUCAGCCAAAAACACUCCACGCCGCCCUCCACCGAGCCCCACAGACAUGCUCCAAGUGCCCUUUCUGGACUCAUUCGUGUCCUUGGAGCCACCAGAGCUGCCCAGAGAAGAGCUGGAGUGGCAGCAGGUUGUGGAUAUCCUGUGGAGUGACCCUAAACAUCAGAAUGGCUGCAGUCCCAAUUCUUUUCGCGGUGGAGGCUGUUACUUCGGGCCAGACGUGACACAGACACUGCUGCAGAAACACGGCCUCUGUCUGCUCAUCAGAUCACACGAAUGCAAACAGGAGGGCUAUGAGCUUUGCCACAAUGGACAGGUUAUCACUAUAUUCUCUGCAUCAAACUACUAUGAAGAGGGCAGUAACCGUGGGGCUUAUGUCAAACUGGGGCCUGAACUUGUCCCUCGCUUCUUCCAGUAUCAAGUCAGUCGAAGCACCAGAAAACUCACCCUCCAUCAGAGGGUUCGAGUAGCUGAAGGUUCUGCACUCAGGGCUCUGAAAGAGAAACUUUAUGCUCAUCGCUCUGAACUCAUGGCUGCCUUUCAACAGUAUGACAUCAAUAACACAGGCCGUAUCUCCACUAGUGAGUGGGCACAGGUGGUGGAGUCUGUUCUGCGUUUGGAUCUGCCAUGGAGAACCCUGCGCCCACGCCUGGCCCGUCUUGGCACAGAUGGCAAUGUGGAAUAUGAAUCCUGUUUCGAGGACAUCAGUCCUGGAGAGCCCAUCCCUCCGGUGACCCCGAACUUAGCUGAAACACUUUAUAGAUAUAGAACUGACCUGGAGAUCAUUUUUAACAUCAUCGAUAAGGAUCACUCAGGUCAGAUCUCCAUCGAGGAGUUUCGUCAGACCUGGAAGCUCUUCAGCUCUCAUUUAGGGGUGGCUGUGAAUGACCAGACCAUAGACGACAUGGCUCGAAGCAUAGACUUUAACAAAGACGGCAGCAUUGAUUUUACUGAGUUCCUGGAGGCCUUCAGGGUGGUGCAUAAACUGGAUGUCAAAGAGCAACAGCAGGGUUAAUUCUGGAUCACAGACAACACAGAUUUACUUUAACUUUAGUUUUUUUAACAACUUUCGGACUCCAAAUACAUCAUUUAUACAUCAUUACACAGGUUUUCAUUUCUUUCAUAAAGGUAAGUGGUUUCACUCUUUUUUGUGAUAUAAUUAACUGAAGACGGGUUAAAGAAAAUGUUCAAAUAAAUUAAAUUAAAAAUAAAUUAAAAAGUCGGUCACGACUAUUGUGUUGCACUGUAAUUCACAAGUGCGGUUUAAUUGUUUGGCAGUACGUAAGCCCAUAAUUGUGACUUCACUUUGAGUCAUGAGUCACUUCUGUUGUUGAUUUUUUUUUCUGAUAUGAGCUUUGUUCUUGUGUGUGUUUUACAACAUAGCAUCUAUUAUUAUCAAACCUAAAACGUCAAUUCGAGCUUUUGUAAGACAAGAUUUCACAUUUAAGGCUUAAAAAUUGAAGGGAGAUUAAAACAGUAAACACACACUCACACACACCCAAAAACAUUGACUACUUUGUUUUUCAUAUUUGGUCUCUGGGAUUAAGAUUGCGAGUAAUGCCACAUUUAAAUUGGAUACUAAACCCACUGUAUUACUUUUUUUUUUUUUUUUUUGACACUUACUGACACUUAUUAUUUAACUGAAAACCAUUUUUGUCAAUUAUCAUGCAAUAUCCCAACUUAGGAAAUUCGAAAGGAUGGUCUGCUUUAACUCAACAUGUAAAAAUAUCUAAUAAAUACUGUAAAUGUAAUCUCUAAAUGUUACUGUAUUUAACGUCCUAACACACUGUGUAUAAAUUAUUUCAAUGUAAAUGUAUACAUGUAUCGUAUUACUUUGUCUACAUUAUUGCUAUCAUUACAAAAAGGAAAAAAGAGGAAUAAUUGUAAAAAGUAAAGUUAAACAGAAAUAUGAAAAAACUAAAAAUAAAUCAUUUUAAAUAGUGCUGGGAUUAAUUGCGUCCAAAAUAAAUGAUUGUUUUGAAAUAAUAUACAGUUAGGUCCAGAAAUAAUUGGACAUCUACACAAUUCUAACAUUUUGGCUGAAGAAAACUGCAGGGGAGGCCCGGCCGAGCACCACCAGGGAUGAAACCCAGUGUUUGGUGAUGUCUAUGCAUUCCAAACUUCAGGCUGUAAUUGACUGCAAAGGAUUUGCAACCAAGUAUUAAAAA